AUGGCGGCGGCGGCGGCGAAGGCGGCGGCAGCGGAGCUCUCCUCUCGCUGGGCAACGGCGUUGGCCGUCCUGCUGUUGGCUCUCGCGGUGGACUGGCCGACGGCGGAGGCGGCGUGCUCGGUGAGCGCGAUCUACAGCUUCGGCGACUCUAUCGCCGACACCGGCAACCUCCUCCGGGAGGGCCCCGUCGGCACCUUCGCCUCCAUCGGCACCUACCCCUACGGCCAGACGCUCCGCCGCCCCACGGGACGCUGCUCCGACGGCCUCCUCAUCAUCGACUACUUCGCCAUGGCGCUGAACCUGUCGCUGGUGAGCCCCUACCUGGACAAGGGGGCGAGCUUCGAGAGCGGCGUCAACUUCGCGGUGGCCGGCGCGACGGCGCUCGACCGGACCUACCUGCUGCAGAGCGGCAUCAUGAUGCCGCCGGCGAGCGUGCCGCUCAGCUCGCAGCUCGACUGGUUCAGGUCGCACCUCAACACAACCUGCUCUUCACAACAAGAGUGCGAGAGGAAGCUGGGCGGAGCUCUGUUCUUGGUCGGGGAGAUAGGAGGGAACGACUACAACUACGCCUUCUUCCAGGGGAGAUCCAUCGACGCCAUGAAGGCCUACGUGCCACAAGUCGUCAGGAGCAUAAUGGACGUUGCAAAGGAGGUGAUUGGGCUAGGAGCGACCAAGAUCAUCAUCCCCGGCAACUUCCCGAUCGGGUGCUCGCCGAGCUACCUCUCCCUCUUCUCCACGGCGAUCUCCGGCGACUACGACAACAGAGGCUGCCUCAAGAGCUACAAUUCCUUUGCCAUGUACCACAACGACCAGCUCCGGGCCGCCAUUGAUGACCUCCGGAAAGUCAACUCCGACAUCGUCAUUAUCUACGCAGACUACUAUGGCGCCUUCAUGCAUCUUCUCCAAAAGGCUUUCCUCUUAGGGUUCGAGGAGGGCUCAUUGUUCAAUGCAUGCUGCGGUGCGGGCGGGAAGUACAACUUUGACAUGAACCUAAUGUGCGGCGCGGUGGGCACAAGCGCUUGCACGGACCCAAUGCGCCACAUCAGCUGGGACGGCAUCCACCUCACGCAGCAGGCAUAUAGGGCCAUGGCUUUGUCCCUUCUCAUGGAGGGGUUUGCCCAACCGGCCGACGCUGUGCAAAAGAUCUGGAGCUGCUAAGAUGUUGUGUAUCUAUAUGUAUGCAAAUACCAUUUUGAAGUGUUACUAUAAGGUUUUUCUCUUUUGAAUUUUGAAAGAAAAAAAAUCGAAAUUGAUUAAGUGGAUGCAGAUCCCCUAGCUAGGCUCAAGGUGAAUUGUGUUGUAUGUGAAGUUAUAUACAAUAUUCCUUUUCAUUAGUACAUCC